UUGAUACAACUGACUAAGGUAUCAUCUGCAGUCUGAAAGAAGCAACAUGACCGUCGUACUGUCACUGAUUGUCGGGGUGCUCACAGCCUUUUACUUUUAUCUAACGCAUAAUUACAAGUAUUGGCAAAAACGUGAAAUUCCGUGCGCGGAUGGCGUCCUACCGGGGUUCGGUCACAUGUGGUCGGUGAUAAGCAUGAAGAUGACCAUCACCGACUUCAUUCAGAAAAUCUAUAACAGUAACAAGGGUCGAAGCAUGGUCGGAAUCUACGACUUCACUACACCGACGUUAAUGAUUCUCGAGCCGAAUUUGGUGAAAACAGUUUUGCAAACCAAUUUUUCGAGUUUCUCUGCAAACAGCUUCAUCAUCGAUCCCAAAUUAGACCCGCUCUUAGCUACUAAUCCUUUCGCCCUUUCCGGUGAGAAGUGGACAAGCAGCAGAAAACGAUUCACUUACGCAUUCUCGAGCAUGCGACUGAAGAUGCUGCUCGUAAGUGUUAAAAACGUGUGCGUGAUGUUUGAGAAUUAUGUCGACAAAAAGCUAACCAAUGUUGAGAAGGCGGAGUUUGAACUGAAAGACUUGUUCUCCAAAUAUAGCGCACAAGUGACAGCCGCCGCUGGUUUGGGCGUAGAAGGAUACUGCUUCGAUGAUAAGAAAAAGGAUAUGUCUUUCACAAAAAUCGGACAAGCCAUUUUCGAACCAUCCUUGCGAAACCAAAUAGCAUUCGUUUUCGGGAUCCUUAUCCCGUCGUUGAACAAAAUCUUUAAGAUGAGCUUGAUUCCAAAGCACGUAGAUCAUUACUUCAGAACACUAGUUGCGGAUCUCAUGGAACAAAGGAGACGGGACAAGAUACCUAGGAACGAUUUUCUCCAUAUGAUGACCGAGCUAGAGAGGGAAGAGGGCGAUAAAUUCGACAAUGAAAUGAUGACAGGACACGCAUUGUCGUUCGUCGUCGACGGCAAUGAAGCCGUAAGCACCGUAAUGAGCUUCGUCGGUUUCUAUUUGGCAAGCUAUCUAGAAGUACAAGAAAAAUUACGCGAAGAGGUGAUGUCCGUGCUCGAAAAACACGAUGGUAAAAUUACUUAUGAAGGUUUGAGAGAGAUGACAUACAUGGACCAGGUCUGCAACGAAUCAUUGAGGCUUCUACCCGCAGGAGUGCCCAUAAAAAAGCGUUGCACGGAAGAAUUCGAACUGAAAGGAUCCGACGGACUUGUAUGCCGUGUUAAACCUGGAAUGGAGAUCCUGAUACCAGCUCAAGCACUGCACACUGAUCCUGAAUACUGGAAAGAUCCAGAGAACUUCGAUCCUGAAAGAUUCAGACCGGACAGAAAACACAACAUCGUGAAAUUCACCUUUUUACCUUUUGGCGAAGGCCCACGAAUGUGCGUGGGUAUGAGAAUGGCCAUGCUGCAGAUAAAAGCAGGUCUGACUAUAAUUCUGAGGAAAUACAGGCUGGAACUAUCUCCAAGGACGCAAAUACCUUUAAAAAUGAUUCCUGGAGUUAUUUUACCAAUACCAAAAGGCGGAUUAUGGAUAUAUUUUCGACAGCUUUAAACAUAAUGGACUGUAGUCUGCGGGCCACAGACGGAUCUUCAGCCUCGAGGACUGCUGCGUCAGUUCCAAUUUGUAUCCUUAUACAGAAAUAAAGGAUACAAAUAUUUAAAAUUGUAUAACUUUUUUAUUAUGUUUUUCUUCUUUAAAUAUAAUUAUCAUAACAAGUUCUUAAUUUUGUAAAAAAUAAUUUUUUAAUAUUGUAAAUAACAAACAGUAAGCAAUAAUAAAUAAAAUAAGAUCGAU